AUGUCACCUAGAACCAUUACUAAUGCUGGUUUCAACUUAGAUGCUACAGUAGGGGAUAUGUGGGUGGAUGGUUCGUGGAUUUGGCCUUUGGCUUGGAGGGAUGUGUACCCGGUUCUUAUACAGGAUAAUAUUCAGAUAGUUCACAAGGAUAUGGCUGAUCGGGUUCUAUGGAAACACGGCAAUGAGUUGCAUGAUCAUUCUUCGGCUAUUGUUUGGCAGUCCAUCCGAACUAGGGAACCUGAUGUGGAUUGGGUAUGUAUUGUUUGGUUUGCUCAAUGCAUUCCAAAACAUGCUUUUUUGAUGUGGUUGAUCAUGAGGAGAAAGCUUUUGACCCAGGAUAAAAUUCUUCAAUGGGACUUCUCAAGGAGGAAAAAUAUGAACAUGAUGUGCUGUCUUUUGUGUUAUGCGGAUUAUGAUUCUCACCAUCAUCUCUUCUUUGAGUGCAACUUUUCUUCGCAAGUUUGGAAUCUGGUUAGGGGCAAAGUGGGUAUGGAUAAUGUGGAGCCGAAGUGGAGUGUUAUUGUGGAUCGGCUUUGCUCAGGGUCCAGCUCGAAGUCAGCUUCUAGUUAUGUUAGUAAGUUGGUCGUCACUGCUACCGCGUAUGCUAUUUGGCAGGAACGGAAUGCUCGCCUGUUCAAGAACCAUGCUAGACCUCCGGACGCGAUUGGUGCUAAUGUUCUUCAGACUGUUCGCUAUAAGUUGAUGGGUGUAAAGUUCAAGGCUAUGGAAAAGUGCGAAGGCUUCUUCAAGCUUGGGAUAUUCAUGACGUUGACGGCAACAACUGUGGGGGGUGAUUAA